CAUAUCAUAAUCCUCUUCAGACCUUAUAACACCCACAUCCCCGAACCUUUUCUUUUUCUUAUCACAGGACUGUAAUCGAAAACAAUCCAGUCCUAUCACCUCCCAUCUGCCUCCUCUCUCUCUCUCUCUCUCCCUCCCUCCGUCUCUUGCUCUCACUCUCUCUCUGCUGCCUCACUCAUUCCCUGAGCAGCACACUGAACUGGAUAACGUCUCCUUCAACCCGCAGCACAGACUCAUUUCUCUACACACCAGCUCUGAGUGGAUGCUCAGCAGGGGUGUUUGAGAUAUUAGCCCGCUGUGGGAGAACGGCUCAGGGACUUCUACCAACCACAUACAAAAGAGCCGGCAGUCAGGAGGAAUAUGGGCAAAUCCGAAAGCCAAAUGGACAUCAUGGAGAAAUCAAGUAAACCUGGAAAGCGUCGUUGGACUGUUGCAGAAAUUGGUCUGUCCGUGCUGCUGCUGUUGGUCAGCUGUGCCUUGGCCGGGCUGGUAGUUCUCUACACAUCAGCUGUGAAAGAGCAAUCUAACAGGUCGAGUGUGUCAAGGAGCUCAACAGCUGAAGGCCAGCUGUUUCGCUCCAGCCUCAACAGUGUGUGCACAACUGCGGACUGUGUUACCGCAGCCGCUCGCCUCUUGCAGAACAUGGAUAAAUCUGUGAAGCCUUGUGAUAAUUUCUACAAGUACGCCUGCGGGGGUUGGCUGGAAAGACAUGUCAUCCCAGAGACGAGCUCCCGUCACAGCGUCUUUGACAUUCUGAGGGACAAGCUGGAGAUUGUCCUCAAAGGUGUUCUUGAGACGGAGAAUGAGCAGGACAGAGAUGCCAUCAGGAAGGCCAAAAUACUCUACAGCUCCUGCAUGAAUGAGAGCCUCAUAGAGCAGCGUGACUCCCAGCCCCUCCUGAAUCUCAUUGACAGUAUCGGAGACUGGCCUGUGGCAUCAGAUGACUGGAACACCACUACAGAGGAUACAUGGAGCCUCGAGGACACACUGGCAACACUUACUGCUCGUUUCCACAGGAAGGUUAUACUCGACAUGUAUGUGUGGACGGACGACCGUGACUCUCGGCGCCAUAUAAUUUAUAUUGAUCAGCCAGGACUUGGAAUGCCAUCAAGAGAUUAUUACUUCAAUGAUGGAAACUACAAAAAGGUCCGCGAGGCCUAUCUCCAUUUUAUGGUUUCUAUUGCGAAGAUAACCCGAGAAGACAGGAACUUGACUCAGGAUGACGACCGUGUGUGGGAGGAAAUGAUGCAAGUGCUGGAGCUGGAGACAGACAUCGCCAACGCCACAUCACCAGCAGAGGAGCGUCAAGAUGUCACUGUUCUCUACAAUAAGAUGACACUUGGAGAGCUGCAGAGCACGUUCAACUUUCAUGGUUUUAACUGGACACGAUUUAUUCAAGGUGUGCUGUCCAGUGUGUCCAUUGACGUCCAGCUCGAGGAAGAGGUGGUGGUGUACAGCUCUCCCUAUCUCGAGAAGAUGAAUGAAGUUCUCGCCAGGCACAGUAGCAGAACUGUGCAGAACUACCUCACCUGGCAGCUCAUCAGUGAGAGAGUUAAUAGCUUGAGCCGCCGUUUCAAAGAUGCCAGAGCCCGCUACAGGAAGACUCUCUAUGGGACCACUGUGGAGGAUGCCUGGUGGCGAGAAUGUGUCCGUUAUGUCCAGAGCAGCAUGGAGAACGCAGUUGGGGCUUUGUAUGUGCGGGAGACCUUUGCUGGAGAAAGCAAACAAAUGGUCAGUGACCUCAUCAGUAAGAUCCAGCAAGCUUACGUGGAAACACUGGAGGAGUUAAGCUGGAUGGAUGCUCCCUCAAAGGAGAAGGCAAGAGAGAAGGCCAUGGCAAUCAAGGAGCAUAUUGGCUAUCCAGAUCAUAUUCUGCAGGAAAGCAACCAGAAGCUUGACAAGGAGUACACUCAUCUUAAUUUUAGCCAAGAACAUUACUUUGAGAACAUACUGGAGAACCUCAAGUCUGAAGCACACAAGAGUCUGAAGAAGCUCAGAGAACCAGUUGACCCGGACUUGUGGAUUAUCGGUGCAGCUGUGGUGAAUGCAUUCUACUCACCCAACAGAAACCAGAUAGUGUUUCCAGCAGGAAUCCUGCAGCCGCCUUUCUUCAGCAAGCAGCAGCACCAGGCUCUUAACUUUGGCGGGAUAGGAAUGGUUAUCGGACAUGAGAUCACGCAUGGAUUUGAUGACAACGGGCGCAAUUUUGACAAGGAUGGUAAUAUGCUAAACUGGUGGAGUAAUUACUCCGCUGAGCAUUUUAAAGAGCAGUCACAGUGCAUGGUGCAACAAUAUGGCAACUUCAACUGGAAGCUAGCUGGUGGACAAAAUGUCAGUGGAAUCAGCACUUUGGGGGAGAACAUUGCAGACAACGGAGGGGUUCGUCAAGCAUAUAAGGCUUAUCUAAAGUGGGUGGAGAUGGUGGGUGAAGAAUCUCGGCUACCUGGUCUAGACAUGGAUCACAAGCAACUUUUCUUUCUUAACUUUGCCCAAGUGUGGUGCGGUGCUUAUCGGCCUGAGUAUGCCAGCCAGUCAAUCAAGACUGACUCACAUAGUCCCUUAGAGUACAGGGUACUUGGAUCGCUCCAAAAUUUUGAAGCGUUCUCAGAAGCUUUCCAGUGCCAAAAAGGCAGUCGAAUGAACCCCGAGCUGAAGUGUCGUGUCUGGUAGAAAGUUUUACUUUCGGGCGACUCAAAUCAAAAAGAACAAGUUCUACUUCUUAAACCCACAGGGACAUCCUGCUUAUUCCAAUUUAUUUGGGGCAGAGUAAUGACACAGAUAUUUGCUUAUACUGUAGAUGUAUUUAAAGUGGAUGACAUCUUGGAAUACACCCUAGUUUCAAAACUUGCAACACAUAUACUAUAAAAAAGAAACUUGCUUGAGUAUCUUCUCAAGUUUGACGUGUUGUCUCUGGAUGAGUAGGUCACUUGUUCUUUUUUUUUGCUGUGUCCCACGACAGAUGAUGAGUGGGUACAUGAAUAAAAAGGCUACAUAGAAAACUAAUACCUUGUGAAAAGGUAAAAGCUUAGAUGGCUGGCUUUAACUGCUUUGCCAGCCUUUCUUCAAUUACUCCUUAAAAAAAAAAAAUCUCUUGUGCAGAUCUUUGUGAUUUAUCUAUCAUCAUUCGGCACCGAGUUGCCUGGUGUCUUUCCUCUGAUGUAUUGUUUUCGAGACUUUGUGCCACUUCAGAAGAAACAAUAGUGAACAAAACUAAGUUUGGCUAAAGAGUGAGAAAUAAAUGAAAGCUCUGGGCUUUGCUGAAGGAAAGCUACAAGAGAAUUAGUCACACUCCGAGAGUUUGGUCAUUCACUGUUACAUGAAACAAAUUAUCUAAAGACUUUAAGACUGUUAAAUCUUUGCAGCUUUAACCUUAAAUUAACAUUCUGAGAGAGCUGUGGCUUUCAACAUUUUUACACUGAUAGAGUGGAUAAAUAUUUAAAUUUACAAAGCUAUUUAGUACUUUUUUGAGGAUCUUUCUUUAUCACGUUCUGCCAAUGACUGUUGCUCAAUACUCGCUGCAGAAAUGUAUACGUAUGUCAUGACAGUUUUCUGUAAAGGAACUACUACUUUUCCCCUGUCCUAGAGUGAUGGGAUAAUGACGAAAAACCAAUGUAUAUCACUGUAUUGCAUUAUUCGUUACUGCCAAGUGUAGAUGCAGGUUUGGAUAUACGGUCGGUUGCUAAUCACAGCUGUGUUGCCUGUUUGACUCUCGCUUCACCUUUUACAUGAUUUUGAGAGGCUGAUAUAUAUAAAACUCCCAUGUUCCGUUUGUUACAUGGCAUGUAACUGCAUUUAUUCAAAAACUAUAAUGUCUGUCUGCUUGUAUGAUAUUUGUAAAUUUACAUUUAACUUGACAUGCUGAUCGAUUUCUUGUUUUUUCCUUCACCCCCUGAGAGGAGGGAGACACGAACCCACAGUCAUUACAAGACUUUUAGCCUCUAGGCAUAGCCAAUUACAUGCCAAGGGGGGAGAAACAAGAGACCCCCUCACACAUGGACAAGCAGCAGAUGAAGUGGUUUGCCCUCUGAGCUCACAUUGAUCAGUGCUGUGUAAGAUGAAAGGAUGAAGUGCGGUGUGCUGAAGCGUGGCGAUCGCUGUCUCUGAACCAGGUGCCCGCAGGCAGACACACUAAAGAAUGGUGCUUGUCAUUAAAGAGAUGGCCGGGGCCAGGACUGUUAUUUUCUACCUUUAUUAACAAGUAAUGACAGGAGAAUCAAAGCAGAGCAGAACUCAAAAUAGAGGACAGAGGAAGUGGCUGCAGGUAGUUAGUUUUCGUGUGGAAUAGAGCUUUCAAACACGGCAGAAAAAAAGACAAACACAUAUAGUCGGUUUUGAAUGUAUGUUCACAUUCAGGAUGCCUUGGUAAACUGAACACCACUUUUUAGGCCAAAUUGAAUGUGCGUGUUGAAACUUCACAUCCUCAGCCUUCACAUAUUGGCAAAUACUGUUGUGUUUAAGCAGGAGAAGAAAACACAUUGAUGAAAGACUGUUUUACUCAGAAUGUAAAGCUGAUAGUGUUAAAGCGAACGUUAGAUAUUUUCAGAAAUACACACACUUGCUUUUUUCUGGUGAGAGUUAGAUGAGAAAACUGAUACCUCGCUCAUGUUCUUUAAAGGUCCAGUGUGUAGGAUUUAGUGGCAACUAUCAAGGCUACAACCAGCUGAAUACCCCUCUCCUCAACUAUAGUGGCUGCAAACCUGUGAAAAAUGUGAUAUCUUGAGCCAGUGUUUAGUUUGUUUAUUUGUUCUGGGCUACUGUAGAAACAUGGCGGACCGCCUGAAAGAGGACCCGCUCCCUCUGUAGAUAUAAAGCGUUCAUCCUAAAGUAAACUUUCAGGUUAAAAUAUACUGAUAGUGUAACAUUUAAGGGUAUCUAUGGACAGAAGUGGGAUAUCAUAUUCAUAACUAUGUUUUCAUCAGUGUAUAAUCACCUGAAAAUAAGAAUUGUUAUGUUUAUGUUACCGUAGAAGCCUUUUAUAUCAACAGAGGGUCCUCUUUCAUGGAUUCUGCCAUUUUGAACCAAUUUGUUUCUACAGCAGCCCAGAGGGAACAAACUAAACACUGGCACUACAUAGCACCUUUCUUUUACAAGUUUCAUGGUCACUGUAGUUUCUCCUUCAUGCUUGAACUAGAUGCCACUAAAUCUUGCACACUAUACCUUUAAAUAUAAGCUACAGCCAGCGGCCAGUUAUCUUAGUGUAACAUUAAGAGCAGAAACAGGUCAAAACAGCAAGUCUGGCUGUGUCAAAGACUAACAAAAUCUGCUUUCCUGUAAAACUGAUUAAAACGUUAUAAGUCAUUUUUUGCCUGUACAAAAGCCAACAUGUAAUGUGGGUUAUAUGGUGGACUAAUUCUUAGGUAACUCAUAGAUUUUACAUUUAAGUUUCUGUGCAGUGCUCCCUGCCUCCAGUCUUUGUGCUAAGUUAAGCUGACUGGGCUGUUUGCUGUAGCUUCAUAUCUAACAGACAAACAUAACAGUGGUAUCAAUCUUAUCCUCUCACUCUCACCCAGAAAGCAACAAAGCGUAUUUCCACAAAUGUCUAUUCAUUUAAACAACAAGGCACAUUUGUCAUGUUUGGUUCAAAGAAGUGCUGGAGGAUAAAUCAUAGGCUAUGAUGCAACAUAGGGCUGCCGUUUGAAGGGCAACAGCGUAGACUCGUGUAUUUUCUAUGGUUUUGCUCAAAAAGAGUAAAGCAGUUCAACGGUUGUUGACUGGUAACAAAGAGUAUAUAAUAUAAAAUGUGUUAUUGUAGAUACUCGAUGUUCUAUACUGCAGUAUUUACAUAUAAAGGAUUCAAAUCAGGUAAGAAAGAGAGCGUACAUUUCUUACCUUAGUUCUUAGCUUCACAUUUACUUACAUGGUGAAAUUGUGUCGUUUUAAAAUUACCAGCCAAGUAAAAAUACAUUUUUAUUAUAUAUGAACAUGUUAUAUCUGUAUACGAGUCAGAGGAGUUUAUUUAUCUACAUGAAUAUUUAUGAAAUACUAUUGUUGCUUUGCAAGAAUUCAGACGUUAAAUAUGUUUUUUGAAUGUUCCUGCUGCUAUGUAAUCUAGAUUGCCAUUAAAGUGACUGUCUCAA